UGCAUGUAAAAUUGUAUGCACUUGUUUGAUGGAGUGCCAAUAAUAAAGCAAAAAUACAAAUGCAUGAAUCUGCCCUGAAGACAGUGAUUGCUAUUCUGCAAGUCUGCGCAGGUAUGCAUUACACACCCACUCUCUCAACAUGUAUGUGCCUGUCAUCUUCACCUCAGUCCCUCAAAAGUCCAGCACAGGUUUGUUUCACAGAGCGAGUGGAAAAACUCUAUAACCAAAGUCUGUUUUAUUCAGAUCUGUGGAAAAGUGCAGGAUGCGAGACAACAGUUGGAGAGAGUCCAUAGACCAAAUUCUUCACGAUGCUCCGGCUGCAAGGAAAAAUCUUCUGGACAACCACAGCAAUCUGCACAAGGUGGCGGAUUACUGUCAGAACAAAUACUUCAAUGUGGAGAACAGCAGAAGUGUCACUGAAGAGUCUAAAGCUCUCACCACUCAAGCCCUGGCCAGUGUCACAUAUCAGAUCAACAAUCUGGCCACAUCUCUACUGAAGCUUUUAGAUGCUCAGACUGUUCAGCUGAAACAGAUGGAGUCCUCUGUCAACAUGUUAAGUCUGACAGUUGACAUUUACAAAGAGAAUACAGCGCGGAGAGAGAUUGGAGUGCUGACCAAGCAGUCAAAGAUUCCUCGAACUCAGAAGGUAGUCCCUCCAGCAGGUGGACUUGAACCGUUUCGAGUGUACAGACGCGCCCCCAUAUCAUACACUCCAUUAGACAAAGUGGGCCACGGCCACUGGGAGAGUAAUAAAAAUGAAGAUCCAGCAGAAACAGACAACAUAGAAUCUUUUCAACAGAUCAGCACACAAGAGACCAGCACCUUCAGCUGGUCUUUUUUGGGUAUUGCAGUUCCUCCUCCAACAGUGCCCGAUGGGAUGCUAUUGAACAUCACAGCACCUCCUGACCUUUCUCCUUCUUCACCAUCUCCUUCUGUCAUGUCUGACAGCUCUCCAUCUCUUCCUCCCUAUGGCUAUCCAGAUUUAUCAAUGCUGCCUCCUCCACCUCCCCCAGAUGAUGAAAUGGAAGACACUCCACCUCCACCCCCACCUCCUUUUUUCUCUACAUCUCAAUGCGACUUGCCUUCAUUACCAACUAGUACAUCUGCAACUUCAGCAAAUCCUCCACCUCCUCCCACUCAGGGCAACAUGGCUAUCCCACCUCCUCCUCCAACUCAGGGCAACUUGGCUAUUCCACCUCCUCCACCUCCUCCUCCAACUCAGGGCAACAUGGCUAUUCCACCUCCUCCACCUCCUCCUCCAACUCAGGGCAACAUGGCUAUUCCACCUCCUCCUCCACCUCCCAAUCAGGGCAACAUGGCUGUUCCACCACCUCCUCCACCUUUUUCUAGCUCAACAUAUAGUGGCUUGUCGGGACCCACGUCCCCUGCACCUUUCCAAAGUUUGCCUGUGGUGCCACCACCCCCUCCCCCUCCUAAUACCAGUGGGAAAUGUAUACCACCUCCUCCUCCACCUCCUCCUCUCCCCAAUUUUAAAUGCUGAAUUUUAGCUGCAUGUGUAAGAGUAUUAAAGAGUUGAUAUUUUAUAGCAUAAUGCUAUGAAUAACUUUUUUAGUAAAGCAUAUCAAGGAGUGUAAAAUCUACAUUUAUUUAAUAAAACAAAUAUACUCACAAUAAGAGAAUUACAUAAAUCA